AUGGGACCGCCUCAUCUGCUAUUGCUGGUUUCAAAAUCCACCAUUGGCAACCGCGAGCAGCUGGCCAAUCAAGAUUUGGUAGCCACGAUGAUGGAAUCUCAAGGAUUGGCAGCAGAAGUCGUGGAUGGCGCUGAUCCAGCUAACAGAGAACGCCGCAAUGAACUGUUUGGAAUCUCUGGGUUGCGAGCGAAAUAUCCUCAACUCUUUGCCGUCAAAUCAAAAGACGAACCUCCCACAUUCAUUGGCAAUUUUGAAACCAUACAAGAAUUGAAUGAAUGCGGACAAUUGAACGAGGCUCAUUUGCUGGGCGUUUCUGAGAGUGCAGAAACGAAAAGCGCGGAUACAAUACCCUCACCGACACCGUCGCCAACAACACAAGAGGAAACCUCACGGGGAUUGUCCCUCACGGAGGAUGAUGUUCAUUCGACAACCACCCAAACUUCGAUUGUCAACAUCAAUGCUCACUUAUUGCUAUUGAUUUCAAACCUUUCAGGAAAUCGAAAACAAGACUCCAAUCAGAGUCAGCUUAUGCAAGUUGUGCGAUCCAAAGGAUUUUCGCGAUUGCCGAUUCAAACUUUGGAUGGAUCCGAUCCAGAAGUCAAGGAACGCCGAGAUGAACUCUUUGGCAUUUCUGGGUUGCGAGCUAAGUACCCACAGCUCUUUUUGGUGGUAGAGACUCCCAAAGUGUCCUUUCUUCCAUUGUCGUGGAUGGGAACCAAAUCACGCACCAUCUUUCUAGGAGACUAUGAUACGAUCCAAGCAAUGGAAAAGGAUGGAUCACUCACGGAAGCUACUAUAUUUGAAGAAAUGACGAAACCAAAUAACAAUAGUGGUGGAAACGGAUGGGUUGUGCUUGGAGCGCAUGUUGCAGUCGUUGCUGCAAUAGUGGUGGGAAUUGUGAAACUGCAAAAGAAGAAAUAG